AUGUUCAGCGCUAAUCAAAACGUCUUUGAUGUCAUCGAUUUUGGGAUGUCAGCAGUAGCAGCAGAUAAUAAUGACCCAGCAGCGGCUCAGACCGGCAGUCGGCUAGCAACAACGCCUUGGGCGCCGCUUUGGACAGCAACGUCAACACGUCGCUUGUGGCCCUAUUGCGCCGCAGCCUUUAGCGGCAGCCGGACAAUGUCGGCGGCGCUGGAGCGGCUCCUGGACGUGACGCAGGACGACGCGAGCAAAGCGUUCCAAGUAGCCACAUCCGUGCAGGAGGCGACGAGCAACGCUGUGCAAAAGUGUGCCUGCAAGCAAAGCUCGCCGACGAAGUAG